UGACAGGGACAGAAGGUUCUGGAAGGUCGAAUGGGAUAUUAGGCCUGUCCGGGAGGGAAACAGCUCAUCCUCCUGCCUUCCAUCACCCCCACCAUCCAGGCAGACCGUGACAAGGAGCAGUGAGUGCUCAGUUUUCCAGGAGGGGUCAAUUGUUUGUCAUCUUUGUGGAAGAACAAAACAUCUUGAGCAACCAGAUGACUCAGCUCCCAAAGCCUCGCUGUGAUGGGCAGAACCACAGCGUCUGGAGAGUAGGCAGUGCUGUGAAGAAUGAUCUCUGCAGACCUGGAAGGGUUGAUCCCCAACAACUCAAGAAGAGGUGGCUGAGGAACUUGAAGUAGAUAUGAGUGAUACAGAUGUUACUCCCCGGCUGUGGACCGUUCAUCAAGACAGGGAAGUUCUUCUGAGGCUGUCAAAACACGGUCCAGGCCACGAGGUCCCGAUGACCGUGCCUGAAUUUUUCCAACAGUCAGUGAAACGAUUUGGGGCUUAUCCAGCCCUUGCAUCAAAGAAGAAAGGAAAGUGGGAUCUUCUGAGUUUCAGCCAAUACUAUGAGGCUUGUCGGAAGGCUGCAAGAGCUUUGAUUAAGCUGGGCUUGAGGCGCUUCCACGGAGUCGGCAUCCUGGGCUUUAACUCCAAGGAGUGGUUUAUUGCCUAUCUUGGUGCCAUCCUUGCAGGGGGAAUCAGUGUUGGCAUUUAUGCCACCAACUCUGCAGAUGCUUGUCAGUACGUCAUUGCUCAAGCCAAGGUGGACAUCCUGCUGGUUGAAAACGACCUACAGCUAAAGAAAAUCCUUUCGAAUGCGCGGCACAUGAUGCAGACCCCGCUCAAAGCAAUCGUCCAGUACAAGAACCCGUUGACGGAAAACAUCCUGAACUUGUACAACUGGGAAGAGUUUAUGGAACUCGGCAACAGCAUUCCUGAUAUCCAGCUGGACCAGAUCAUGGAGAGCCAGAAAGCCAACCAGUGUGCUGUGGUCAUCUACACCUCCGGCACUGGGGACUACCCCAAGGGAGUGAUGCUUAGCCAUGACAACAUCACAUGGAUGGCUGGGGCGGCAGCUAAGGACUGUGGCAUGAGUUAUGCCUCAGAAAGGCAGGAGUUGGUGGUCAGCUACCUUCCCCUGAGCCACAUUGCAUCUCAGAUGAUGGAUGUUUGGAUCCCCAUGAAGACUGGGGCUCUCAUCUACUUUGCUCAACCAGAUGCUCUCAAGGGUACGCUGCUCAGGACUCUGCAGGAGGUAAAGCCUACUGUCUUCCUGGGGGUGCCACGAGUUUGGGAGAAGAUGGAAGAGAAGGUAAAGGAAAGUAAUGCCAAGUCAUCAAAAUUGAAGAAGAAAGUGUUUUCAUGGGCAAGAGCUAUUGGCUUAAGGACCAACAUAAAAAGGAUGUUGGGGAGACAAGAGAUGUCUAUGAACUACCGCAUGGCUAAGGCCCUUGUGUUUAGCAGAAUCAGGAGUGUCCUCGGCCUCGACCACUGCCACUCUUGCAUCAGUGGGGCAGCACCCCUCAGCCAAGAGACCGCCGAGUUCUUUCUAAGCCUGGACAUACCUGUCCGUGAGAUGUACGGGAUGACAGAAAGCUCGGGACCCCACACCAUAGGCACCCCAGAAAACUACAAGAUUCUAAGCUGCGGCAAAACCCUGAGUGGGUGUAAGAGCAUACUGCACCAGCAGACGCAGGAUGGCACCGGGGAAAUCUGCCUCUGGGGCCGGCAUGUCUUCAUGGGCUACCUAGGAAAGGAGGAAAUGACCACGGAGGCCAUCGACGAGGAAGGCUGGUUACACUCUGGGGACUUGGGGAAACUGGACCAAGAGGGUUUCCUCUACAUCACUGGUCGCAUCAAAGAAAUCCUCAUCACUGCUAGUGGUGAGAACGUGCCCCCAGUCCCCAUCGAGAACAAGGUGAAGGAGAAGAUCCCCAUCGUCAGCAACGCCAUGUUAGUCGGAGACAAGCUGAAGUUCCUGGGCGUCUUGCUGACACUGAAGUGCGAAGUAGACGAGAGCGGAGAGCCGCUGGACAGGCUGACCUCGGAAGUCAUGAAGUUCUGCCGGAAACUGGGCAGCCCGUCCUGCACGGUGACGGAGAUCCUGCAGAAGCGGGACCCCCUGGUCUACAAGGCCAUCCAACAAGGCAUAAAUGCCGUGAACGAGGAAGCCAUCUCCAAUGCGCACAAGAUUCAGAGGUGGGCCAUCUUGGCAAAGGACUUCUCCGUCCUCGGCGGGGAGCUAGGUCCAACAUUAAAGUUUAGGCGAUAUUUCAUAACCCAGAAAUACAAAAAGCAAAUUGACGCCAUGUACCAGUGACCUCUUUGCUGGCGCUGCUCUCACCUGUCCCCAUGAGGACUGACUCGGACAUAAGAAAAGCCUUUGCAAGUUUGAAGAACUGGAUCCCCUUCCAGGAAGCAACUUGGACAUCCUUCCAAUAAGUUCUGAUAAUAAAGCCCUUCAGCCUCCUGUGUGCUGGUUCUUGGC